CAGUCGCAGUUCGAUCUCCGAUUGUGUGCCACUGUGACGUACUGUCUUGAUCGACGUAAAAUCUCUACGAAAAAAAAAAACAAAAUUAUCAUAAAUAAAUAAAAGACCGAUUCUAUCAGAAUAUCAUUAAUAUUACCAUGUAUUUAUUUCACGUUUUUGGUGUGAUAUUUUUAGUGGCUAGUGUAUCAGCUUCAGGCACGGAUUUCUUGUCAAAAUCUCUAAAUGAGUGUAUCGCAACUAACUCAUGGACAUCGUGUUUAAAACAUGAAGUACUGAGCUACUUGGAUGAUAAAUUAGGAACAACAACAGAAAUUCGAUCAGUUCAUACUAUUGAUGAAGCGAUUUUAACGAGAACAAUGAAGUUUCUCAAGCAAUAUAAUUAUAAUAUCGAUAUACCAUUUUUUGAGGCAAGCUUGAAAUAUCGACCAAGUCGUAGUCUUACUGAUCUUGAUAUUGAAUUUGAGAAAAACGAUAUUGUCAACAGUGAGGCUCGCGGAAUCUUGAAAAAGAAAUUAUUAUUGCCGGUUUUGUUGUUAUUGAAAUUAAAAAUGAAAGCAUUAAUGCCAAUUUUUGUCGCUAUCAUUGGCUUGAAGGCAAUGAAAGCUCUUAUAUUAUCCAAACUUGCUCUUCUUGUUGUUGUUGGAUUUAUAGCUCUUCAAUUUUUCAAAAAAAGCGGUAUGACACCUCCGAUGGGAAUGGCUAUGGAAAUUGCUUCUCCAACUACCGCAUACGGAGCUCCACCUCAACCAACAACAACUUCUAGUUAUGAACCAGUGAAUACCUGGGAUGGAAAUGGACCGUAUUCACGUGUCUGGACACCAGCAAAUGGUGCUGAUGUCCAAAAUCUCGCCUACAGUUAUUAUUCUCCAAGUAGUACAAGUGGAACCAGCAGUCCAAACACCUACAGUGUUCCAGUAUCAUCAUCAUCAUCGUUGAGUAGCUCUAACGGAUCAUCAAAAUAAUAAUAAUAAUAAUGAAAAGACGCCAACAUUAACGACUAUCUAAACAAGAGUAUGACCUUCAUGCUUUUUUCAUAAAUAGUAAAAAUAUGAUUCAAGCAUAAUUGGUCUGAAAUACACUCAAAGAGAGGCAUUAAGAAAAUGCUUAUAGUUAAAUUAAACUAUUGUGUCAUUUAAUAUAUUGACGAUUAUCAAUGCCAUAAGAGAAACAUUUUUCUGUUAAUCAGUAAGAGAUUGAUUUUGAGACUCAUUUAUGUGUAUAAAACUAAUUGUACAAAUUCUAUUUUUGUUUCUUGCGUCACUUAAAUUUGUUAUAUAAUAUUUAUUAACAGUAUUUAUUAGUUAUUGAUAAUGCAAAUUCAUUGUUAUUUUGCAAUCAAUAAUAAACACAAAUAAAUUAAAUCACUUUUAUGCAUUAAUUAAACAGAUAUAUUUUAAUUAGAAGUUCGUACCAUUUUGUUCUAUUGAUGACUUUUUUCAUCGUACAGAAUAACCUUACUCAAUAUUAUUGAACCACAAAGAGGGUGGAUGAGAGGAGUCAAAUUUGUUCAAGAUAAACUUUACGCGUUAAUUUGGUAUUCUGUCCAUUCUUCCUGAUGUUGGAAACUCAGUUGUAAGUAAAAAAAAUAUUUUUUCAACUAUUCUGUCUUUUCUGGGGAGCUAUCUCUGACGAGAUUGAGUGACACCACUACUAGUAGUAGUUGUAGUGCCUACUACACCAUGUUACCUACUUCAGCUAGUACACAUAAAAACAAUUUCUACUACACUACUACAACUACUACGAUUACU